CGAUCUUUUGAGCUGAGCCGUUUACCCAGAAUGUUCGACUGUUUGUAGCUAUGAAGAAUGUUUGAUAAUGGCUACAAACGCUGAAGAGAAGACUCCACAUUUCGACUGUCCGGCAUGGGCAGGAAAGCCUCCUGCUGGGCUGCAUUUGGAUGUGGUAAAAGGAGACAAACUCGUUGAGAAACUCAUCAUUGAUGAAAAGAAGUAUUAUUUGUUUGGGAGGAACCCUGACAUCUGUGACUUCAUCAUCGACCAUCAGUCGUGCUCUCGCAUCCAUGCUGCCCUCAUCUACCACAGACAUCUAAAAAGACUCUUUCUCAUUGACCUUAACAGCACACAUGGUACGUUCCUUGGACACAUUCGCCUGGAGCCCCACAAGCCUCAGCAAGUUCCCAUCGACUCCACUGUGUCGUUUGGCGCAUCCACACGAGUCUACACCAUUCGUGAGAAACCACAGACCCAGCCAAGUGCAGGAGUUGGAGACAGUAAAACCGGUGAUGAUGAGGAGCUUAAGGGACUUUUGGGACUUCCAGUGGAAGAAACUGAACUGGAGAAUCUGACAGAGUUCAACACCGCUCAUAACAAGCGCAUCUCUACGCUCACCAUAGAGGAGGGCAACCUGGAUAUUCAGAGGCCCAAGAGGAAAAGGAAGAACUCCAGAGUGAAUUUCAAUGAAGAAGAUGAGAUCAUUAACCCAGAAGAUAUUGACCCCUCUGUUGGACGCUUCAGAAACAUGGUCUCAACAGCUGUUGUACCUAUGAAGAGAAAGAAAAUGGAUGGUGGUAAUGCUCUGGGAAUCCAGGAAACUGUAACACGGCACAUGCACGCAUUCCCUUUGCGAGGUGGACUCUAUAGAGACUUUCCCCCUACCAGCCAUGAAGCUCAGUAUCUAGGAGCUCCAAGUGGAGCCACAAUCUUUGGAGGACUGCCGUUACCCCUGCCAAACCCUGCGCCAGAUGUGGAUGUGGCCCAAGAAGCCCCACAACCCCCAGUCACCCUCAAUCCCACACCUUUUACUGGCCCGUAUGUCUCUGAGCUCCUCAAUGAACCCCGCAAAAAGAAGUAUGCUAAAGAGGCUUGGCCUGGCAAGAAGCCCACUCCAUCUCUGCUUAUUUAGCUGCAUAUUUUCAACACCGGAUGUGACUGACACUUCUAUCCAGAUGAACUGCACUGUACUUGAAGUCAGUGUGUACAGAGGACCUGGCAAAUACAGCCAUCAAAUUUGACUCUGAAAACUCUAAUCUACACAAGAAUUGCCCUGAUAUACUGAAGGCAAUGCGUUUAUUUUGAGCUCAGAGGGAAUAGAUCACCCAAAAAUGAAAAUGUUGUCUUAACCUCAUGUCUUUCCAAACCUGUAUGAAGACAACUUGUGUACUGUAUUCCAUGUGUUCUGAAGUUAAACAAUAGAUUUGUGUGAUGAGCAGACCAACAUUUAAUUUUUACUCACUGAAAAUGAUGCUUGAUCAAUUUAAAAAUGGCAUCUUGCUUGGUCUUUUGACAUUAUUGGCCCCAAACUGCCUUGGAUUCUUCUGCGUCAUCGUUCAACAUGCAUCAGUUGUAAGCAUGAAUUAUAUUUGAGGGCUAUGGUGGAUGUAUAUAUAAGAGUUAGAGAUUGAUGGUGAUUUUUUUUAUGGUGUAUUUUUUAUGUUGUCACUCCGGCAGUAUCAUUAUUAAUGCAUAGAACUCACAGAACCUCUAUAAAACUGUUCUAGGCUAAAAAAGCAGUGAUACAACGGUUUAUCUGUGUGAAAAUAUUCUUCUCUGUUAAACUUUUAACACAAAAACAUUAGAAAAUUGCAAAAACAUAAAUAAAACUUUUUUUAACUGUUAUUUAUGUAAUUAUCAAAUAUUGUUUUCUCUCCCAGUGACACCAGAUGUAGGGAGCCACAGUCUAUGGAAAGGAAUACUAUAAUACUGUGCUGUAUACUGCCUACUAUUUUUUUUGUAUAAAAUAGUAUGUGAAACAUGUUGAAAA